AUGUCCAAACGACAGGCUUCAGAGGCUCUUGAAGACAUCGCCUCGCCAGCUUCCAAGAGGUCCCGAUUGGACUUUGAUACGCCCGAACCAGGUUCAGAAGAACUUAUUAACGAGACGAAUGCCAACGGAAACGCGCAAGAAGUUGACGAUGAUGACUUUGAUGACCAAGAAAUAAUCACUGCAGCGCCCAUAAGGCAAUCUGCACCUACAGAAGGCUACGAUGACCUCUACCUCGACACCAUCGAUCGCAAUGUGCUCGACUUUGACUUCGAGAAGCUCUGCUCCGUAUCCCUCUCCAACAUCAACGUCUACGCAUGUCUAGUCUGCGGAAAGUACUUCCAAGGUCGCGGUCCCAAGUCGCACGCCUACUUCCACUCUCUCGACGAGGACCACCACGUCUACAUCAACCUCGAAUCUCAGCGCGUCUACGUCCUCCCUGAAGGCUACGAGGUCAAGAGCCGCGCGCUCGAAGAUAUUAAAUAUGUCUCGGAUCCACGGUAUACCAAGAAGGAGGUUAUUGAGAUGGAUCGCGCGCGACGUACGAGUCAGACGCUUGAUGGGAAAGAGUACAUCCCUGGAUUUGUUGGAAUGAACAAUAUCAAAGAGAACGACUACUUCAACGUUAUUGUACAGGCGCUGGCGCAUGUGGCCCCAUUACGCAACUAUCUUCUUCUUGAGGACUUUUCGAGCAAGACAGAGCUCGUCAAGCGAGCCAGUAUUCUGGUGCGCAAGAUUUGGAACCCAAGGGCCUUCAAAGCUCAUGUCUCGCCUCACGAACUUCUCCAAGAGAUUUCCCUUCGCUCCAACAAGCGCUUCAACCUUACGUCACAGUCAGAUCCUGUCGAGUUCUUAUCAUGGUUUCUCAACAAUCUCCAUCUCGGUCUCGGUGGAAGCAAAACCAAACCUGGCAGCUCCAUGAUCCAGCGCACAUUCCAGGGCAAGAUGAAGAUCGAGUCGCAAGCUAUUACAGCUCGUGCAGAUGCUACCGACAGACUGCGUUUUGAGGAUGCAGAUGUCAAGGUUGACAUUGUGCGCUUCCUCCUCCUGACGCUUGACCUCCCCUCAACGCCCCUUUUCCAGGAUGAGCUUGAGAAGAACAUUAUUCCUCAAGUCCCAUUAAUGACUAUCCUCACAAAGUACGAUGGCCAGCGAGCCCAAGAACACCAUGCUCAGCGCAAGCGUUACCGACUCAUGCACCCUCUUCCCCCCUAUCUCGCGUUCCACGUAAAGCGUUUCUCACAGAACAAGUUUGUCUCUGAACGCAACCCCACAAUCGUAACAUUUGACGCGCGCAAUCUUGACAUGUCACCCUACGUGGAGCCGAACCCCAAAGAAUGGCCUCCAGGUGAGCCCAUCUGGUAUGAUCUCGUUGCAAACGUGGUCCACGAGGCUGUGCGCACACGAGAAGAUGUCGUUGAUAGCGGCGAGGAGCGCAAAACAUGGAAGGUGCAGUUGAAGAACAAGGCUACAGGGGAAUGGGUUGUGUGUCAGGAUCUGUAUGUUGACAAGGUGCAGAGUGAACUCUUGUAUCUUGGUGAAACCUACCUCCAGAUUUGGGAACGGAGGAGAGAGCCUAGCAAGGGCAAGGGUAAGGCCUCAUAA